AUGGCGUAUCUGAAGCCUGUAUCUCCGUCUUUGCUAUCACAUGAUUGUUUUCGACCAGAUAUUCAACCUUCUCAGACGCAAACUUCACUGGGGCUCUACUUAGUACAUGGAAGUCAGCCAAAAGACAAAUCAUAUGGAGUCCACUUUACUGAAUACUCAGGGAUUGGAGAUCUUAAAAUAACGGGCUUAUCACAAAGAAAUGAACCAACAGUUCCACGUACUCACCUGCAUUUUGGAGAUGGCAGCAUGGCAAGCUCACGAUUUUCAAAAAUUCCUCUGGAUGUACUUGCAAGGGAAGUGGAUCGCAAUAAAGCAUGGUGGGUUGAGAAACCUGGAGAAAAUUCUGAAUAUCUACAUUCACUCCAUGACAAAUAUAUAGCAAAGCCAGCUGUUGAUCUAUACUUUUCCACAAAAAGCAAGUUUACAUUUUUCCCACGGUCACGGAAAUUUGAUAUGGAAUAUAUAAAAAAUGCUGAAAAGACAGUUAAUGAGGAUGCCAAGCCUCAAAUUUCUGAAGAAUGUGAUGCAUCUAUAAUCAGAGAAAAAGAUUCUGGAGAUAUGGAUUUGGAAACAGAGGAUAUUCAGCCAGAAACGAGUGAAAAGAAAGCUGACAUUUUAGCUCCCAGUGACAGAGAAGAUAUUUGCACUUGCAUCGCGACAAAAGAGAUGGCUGGCGAAGGUGUUAGCGCAGAUGUUGUAAAAGAGGACGUUAAUAUUCCGUCCGAAACUGAACAGGAUCGUAUCACUGAGAAACAGCCUUGCACGUGUGAAAAAAAGGAGGAACAUAUUGAAGAGGAAGUUGAACCACCGUGUCCUGAGCCACUAGAAGAGACAAGUCUUGAGUACAGGAAGAUGCUUCGCCGAGAGGAAAUGUUUAGGUACUGGUAUUUGCGUGCCUUCUUGCGAAUUUCUCAUUUUACCUUAAACGGCUGA